GCUGCUACAGUUGAAUUAUUUGCACAACAAUGUAGAGAUAUCAGUUUAUCAAUUAUUAUGAUAAAUAGAACUACCCCCCCCCCCCCCCCCCUCCCCCCCAUGUGUCCCUGUAAUGAGCUGCACAGUAAGUGAUGGCGAUGGCAAGCUAACAGGACGCUAACCUUGAUGUUUCCAGUCAAACACCAGCAGCAACGGGCAGCCGGGCCGCCACUCGGUGUCCGUCGAGGUCCAGAUGCAGAGGCAGCGCCAGGAGGAGAGAGACUCGUUCGCCCAGGCACAGCGGCAGUACAGCUCCCUGCCACGGCAACCCAGGAAGAACCCCAGCUGCGUCUCCCAGGACUCGUGGGACAAGGCGUACCCGCCUGGCGAGGUCUUCCAGACCGCCAAGGACAACCCCAGGUACUCCAGCUACCAGGGCUCCAGGAACGGCUACCAGGGCGCCGGCGGUGGCGGCGGCGGCGGGGGGGUCAACGCCCGGGUCCUGCUGGAGGCCCAGGAGCUCCUGAGGCAGGAGCAGAGGCGGCGGGAGCAGGAGGCCAAAGGGAAGCUGGAGAGCUGCAGCAGCUACGAGGGGUACCCGACGGCGCGGCGGAAGGACCCGGCCUCGCCCAAGGGGCCGUACCGCCACGACGUGCCGCCGUCGCCGUCGCAGUUGGCGAGGCUCAACCGAAUCGGGUCGGAGAAAGGAAGACUGUUUUACUCCUGAGAACCACGAGCUGAACGGAGAACUUCGAGGUCCUUCGGCGUGAGUGUUCGAUCCCUCGCCGCGCCGAUGACCUCCGGCCGGCCACGAGCCGCUCGGGGCGGAGGGGGUUCGGGGGGGCCUUCCCGGCGCUCAGCGCGCUCGAUCUCACAGCCGUGAUUCAUCGGCGUCGUGCAGACAGGCGACGCCGGUGGGCGCUCCUCUGAGCCCACGGGGAGGCGUCACAUUCUGCGUGGGCUUUUUUUUGUUGGCGUUGGCGUGACGAGGGACGCGUCGUGACUCCAAACCCCAGAAUCAAAUCACGCCGAAAAUGUAAAAGGUUCAACCCCCCCCCUCAUAACCGAUUCAUAUGGUGUGUUAUCUCCCAGGCACGGAGCCCCCCCCCCUGCACCGCUCUGGGCUUGACUCGCUGGCCUGUCUGUCUGGAGCUUCUGGCUCCCAUCUCUGUUCAUUACCUUUUCUUUCUUCUACCUCGACACCCCCCACCUUUAUCGUCACCCUCCUCUCUGCUGGCUCAUCUCCCGCCCCUUCCCCUUUUCACUCUUCCUCCCCCUCCUCCUCCUCCUCCUCCUCCUCCUCGCCUCCCGAGUCAGACUGAAUCUUUCAUUAGAUGCCACCUGCUGCCUGCCGGAGCCAAAGGACGCUGCCGCCAGAGGGCCCGGCUCCUGACAUAAAGAGAGGAAUAAAGAGAGGAAUAAAAGCAAAGGAAGAGCCAGAAUAAAGAUGAGUGGAGACAAUAAACCUGCCAGCGUGAGCUCAGCUGGAGCUUUUCUCCGUGUUUUUUUUUUUUUUUUUUACAAAACGCAAAAUUGUUCUCGAGAGUUUAUUGCUUUCAAUUACUGUAAUUGCUUUCUAUAAUUUGCCAUUCUUUUUUAAGCAUUUAGCUGAAACUUUUUAUUAGAAAUGCUUUAAUCCUCAAAUGAAAUACGUCUCAGUGUUAUUCAGCAUUUGGCCCGCUCACGUGGUUAGCUCCGUUAGCUCUGUUAGCGCCGUUAGCUAACGGUUAGCUAACCUGCUCCUCCUUUGACCGCGCUAGCGUUAGCGACACAGCGGUCAUGAGGGAAAACUAAAGGGAAACGGGGGCCUCGGCUGACUGUGGAACACAAACGGCGGCGCCUAAUUGCCUUCACGUCCCACGCGGCCCGAACGCAGAGUGAACACAGACAUCAUCUCCUGUAGGAGCUAAUGAAGGAUGGUGAACAGGCAUUGUUCAUGUCGACCUGCGCGUGGACUGGACUGAAGCUAACCGCUCCCUCUGCAUGUGUCGCUCCACGGCCCCUCCUUUCUUCAUCUUCAUCUUCGUCGCGCCAAUGGAUCCGAUGAAGACUUUUACCAAAUACGAUGCAACCUGUGUAGGCGAGGUUGAAACAGAAGCUGCAGUGUGACUGCUGGUCACGGCGUGUUAGUGGCGUCCCAGAAUGCAGCUCAUCGAGGGUCGAUCAGGGGUCAGGAAAUAGAAAAGUGCCUGAUAUUAUAUCACAAUGUUUUACACACGAUGUGACGCGUUAGACAACGGCACAAACUCCAGUGUGUUUUUAACCUUUUAUAUCAAAUUGUUAUUUUAUUUUUGGGGUACUCCUUUAAGAACCUUUUUUUUAAGAGCCAAUAGUUUACGAGCGGCUACCAAUGUAUUUGUACCCCGUUGGACGUGUUGUACCAUGAUGUGUUUAAAGUGUAAAAAGAAACGGAAGCUGAUGUGCAAUUGUUUGUUUUUUUGUUUUCCAUUUGACACGAUAAAGAAAGAAAUGUAUAAAGCCACUUUUCCUACUUAUGGUUCAGAAUAAAAUGGAGGGCUGUUCCGCUUCCUGUUUACAUGCUCA